GAUUAAUCUUAAACCAGUGGGAAGAAGAAGCUGAAAAGAGAGAGUAGUCUUCUAAUCUUCUUCUUCUCAUUCUAUUCGAUUUGUUUUGCUUGCUAGUGAGAGAGAGAGACUAUGGAGAGAAGUACGCCGGUGAGAAAGCCACACACAUCCACCGCAGAUCUACUUACUUGGUCGGAAGUUCCGCCGCCGGAUUCUCCUUCCUCCGCUUCUCGCUCCGCCGUUCGUUCCCACCAGCCAUCGGAUGGGAUUAGCAAAGUGGUGUUUGGAGGUCAAGUGACCGAUGAAGAAGUUGAGAGCUUGAACCGAAGGAAACCUUGCUCAGAACAUAAAAUGAAGGAGAUCACUGGCAGUGGGAUCUUUUCUCGUAACGAAGAAGAUGAUGCAUCAGAGCCAGUACCGGUUUAUCAGCAAGCACUUAGUGGUAUAAGCCAGAUAUCAUUUGGUGAGGAGGAAGAUCUAUCUCCUAAAAAGCCGGCUACUGUACCUGAAGUGGCAAAACAGCGAGAGCUCAGUGGGACUAUGGAGAAUGAUACAGCUAAUAAGCUGAAGAAGCAGCUCUCUGAUGCUAAGUAUAAAGAGAUCAGUGGACAGAACAUCUUUGCUCCACCGCCUGAGAUCAAACCUAGAUCUGGAACAAAUCGUGCAUUGGCUCUUAAGGACAAUUUCAACCUCGGAGCUGAAUCUCAAUCUGCUGGAGAAGACUCAUCUGUGAAGACAGCAAAGAAGAUUUAUGACAAGAAAUUCGCAGAACUUUCAGGGAACGACAUAUUCAAGGGAGAUGCGGCAUCAUCUUCUGUUGAAAAGCAUCUGAGUCAAGCGAAGCUAAAGGAGAUAGGAGGAAACAACAUAUUUGCAGAUGGGAAAGUAGAGGCAAGAGACUAUCUAGGCGGUGUCCGUAAACCACCAGGUGGGCUUUCUAAUGUAUCUCCUGUAAUAGCAUUACUACGGGACAGAGAGUGUUACUUGGCUGAGGAGUUAUUGUUUUUAUUUUCCGGAACUUGCCAAACUGGGGAACCAAAAGAGAUUUAUACAAUAAUGAAGAUGGAUGAGUUUCGUGAAGCUUCUUCGGUCUCUUCGUCUCCUUCGACUCCACUACGAACACCGUUACACUCUCCAAAUCUCUUUCAUGGAGAUUUCUCCAUUAGCAACAGAUUCUCUUUCAACUCUUCAUCAGAUUAUUCUUUAUCAAGUUCCUUCUCUAAUGGAUUCUGUUCUCCUGAGGAUAGUUCUUCUCCGUUCGCUUCUCCUCCGUUUAGCGGGAUCAUUCCUAAGCUUAAUCACACUUCACCAGUCUCUUUUCAUAAUCAUAAUGAUUCAUUGUUUCAUAAGGAUCUUGAAAAGAGUCAUGUUAAUGGUGGUGAUGAUUUAGGUUUGUGUGAAGAUCUCUACCGUAUGAAUAUCAAGGAGGAUGUUGAAGAAAAUCAAGUACGUUACGCACGAACCGAGGCUCACGGUUCGAUUCCUAAGUCUGAUCACACCGAUUUCACUCUAGAUCCACUCUACAACUUUUCACCUAAACACUAUGAAUCUAACAAUGGUGGAUUUGUCUCUGGAGGCUUUCCAUGUGGAUUCUUUCGUCCAACAAAAGAGUCUAGUGUUAACCAGCCAUGUGACUCGUGGUUUGGAUUCGAUCAAAGCAAAAAUGUCGACAAGAGAAACAUGUUUGAGAACAGUCCUCAAGUUCAAGAUUCCAUAGCCAAUUCUCAACAAAUUGGAUGGCCUAGCUACUCAAGCAGUAAUGGUGGUACUAGUCCUUACAACAAUGGUCAGGAGAUUUUCGGAAAUCGAGGCGGAAUGAGAGAGUACUCAGCUUACUCGCCGCCACAACAACAACCCGAAAUUUCCUAUAAUCAUCAAAGUUACAGAACAACAACAUCAGACAUGUUACCAUUGUUCUGUCAAGGAACUCAAGUUCCUAUGGUUUCAAAAUGCUCUGAACCAUUUAGCUCUGAUGAUAGUUUCUUCAUGUAUGGGAAAAGCUUGGAUCAUCAGAGAAGCAGUACUCGAGCAGUGAUGUCUGAUCAUGGGAGUACUACAGAGAUAUGUCAUCCGAGUCUGCCUAACAUGUGUGACAUUCAAGGAUAUGUAUACUUAAUGGCUAAAGACCAACACGGAUGUCGAUUCUUGCAGAGGAUUUUCGAUGAAGGAACUUCUGUUGACGCGAUGAUCAUAUUCAAUGAAGUUAUUGCUCAUGUCGUUGAGCUUAUGAUGGAUCCUUUUGGGAAUUACUUGAUGCAGAAACUCUUAGAUGUUUGUACUGAAGAACAGAGGACGCAAAUCGUGCUCGUGGCAACCGCGGAGCCUGGUCAACUUAUCCGGAUAUCUCUCAAUGCAUACGGUACUCGGGUUGUCCAAAGAUUAGUGGAAACAAUCAAAACCGGAAAACAGAUUUCUCUGGUGAAAUCGGCAUUGAGACCCGGUUUUCUUGAUUUGAUCAAAGAUUUAAAUGGAAACCAUGUGAUUCAACGUUGCUUGCAAUGCCUUAGCACUGAAGAUAACAAGUUUAUCUUUGAUGCGGCGACAAAGUUCUGCACCGAAAUCGCAACACAUCGACAUGGAUGUUGCGUGCUUCAAAAAUGCAUUGCUUAUUCAAUGAGACAACAACGAGAGAAGCUGAUAGCUGAAAUCUCUAGAAACAGUCUCCUUCUUGCUCAAGACCCCUUUGGGAACUACGCAGUCCAAUUCGUUAUAGAACUGAGGAUUCCUUCUGCCGUAGCGAUGAUGCUAGCUCAGUUAAAAGGUCAUUAUGUGCAGCUUUCAAUGCAGAAAUUCAGUAGCCAUAUGGUCGAACGAUGUCUCAUGCAUUGUCCGGAGAGUCGUCCACAAAUCGUCCGUGAGCUCGUCUCUGUUCCUCAUUUUGACCAGCUUCUUCAAGACCCUUACGCAAAUUUUGUCAUCCAAGCCGCUCUUGCCGCCACAAAGGGUCCACUUCAUGCUUCACUUGUGGAAGUCAUAAGGCCACAUUCAAUUCUACGUAAUAAUCCUUAUUGCAAGAGGAUUUUUUCGAGGAAUCUAUUGAAGAAGUGAAGGAUGAUGAUGAUGAUUCGCUGAGUCUGUAAUUUUGAUGUUGUUGUGUUUCUUUUUCUUCCCCCAAGCUUAUUCUGUGUUUUCUCGUAUGUUCUUAAGAAUAAUCUCUGGACAUGGUC